AUGCGAUCGCGCCCAUAUUUGGUCCGUAGUGCCGGUGCCAUUGCCGGUUCCCGGUUGGUGGGUGACCUGAGUGGGACCUUGAACGUGCUGAACCGAAGUCCUGCUAGCUCGCUGCUACCGAGCGCUGCGUCCACGCGGGCUGCCCUGAACCUGAGCCAGCUCUGUAUGGAAGUUACGGCCGGAGUCGCCGAGCGCCGAGCGCUCCAGCGAAACUCCAGCUGGGGAAGUAUCGAGUUGGGCAGUGUCGGGUGCGCCAACAGGAGCGUUCCGGACAGCGGGUACGCUUCGUACGAAGUGCGCGACACGCUUUGGAUCGUGGUCCCGUUCAGUGUGAUCUAUACGACCAUCUUUGUGGUCGGGGUGCUCGGAAACGUCAUCACCUGUGUCGUGAUCUCGCGCAACAAGUCCAUGCACACCGCCACCAACUACUAUCUCUUCAGUCUGGCCAUCUCCGACCUGCUGCUGUUGCUUACCGGAGUGCCGCAGGAACUGUACUUCAUCUGGUACCGGUUUCCGUACCCCUUCGGCAACGGCGUCUGCAUCAUGGCAAGCUUCGCGGCCGAGACGUCGGCCAAUGCGACCGUACUCACGAUCACGGCGUUCACGGUGGAAAGGUACGUUGCCAUCUGCAAGCCCUUCCUAUCGCACACGAUGUCGAGGUUGUCGCGCGCCGUCCGCUUUGUGCUGGGCAUCUGGCUGAUCGCUAUGGGCCUCGCGAUACCACAGACCAGUCAUUGA